CGAAGAUGAUGCAGCCGCGCAAGGCCGUCAAUAGAAUUUUAUCAAUUGCUCCUGAUUGUACUCGGGCAGCCAGCGCACUUGAUGACAGAUUUGACGGCAGCCCCGCCGGCGAGAUCAAAGGCGAAGGCCCGGCUGCCGACGGCCAUGCUCUUCAGCGAAGUGGUGCUCCAGCAGGGGGCGGGAAGGCCUCCCC